GAUGAAGACAGAACCUGUUACAAUCCGUGUGUCGACACGUUGUCGGAGUGACAAUUAGCGACAGUGCGCACCUUCCGCACCACCGGGGGGUGUAUUAGGCCGUGUAGGCCCUAUUGGCCGUCACUGCUUCCGGCACUCCCAACGCGGAGCUCUGGAGCAAGGACGGGCCCGCCGAGCACCUCGUCGCCAGCGGGUAUCAGCAUGGCUCGCUCGGUGGCCAUCCACUCGUCGCGCCGUGCUCCGCGAGCGCUCGGUCGACUCUUACAUUGCGGUCUCGUGCAGCCCAAACCCAUCAGCCCUGCCGUCCGCCUUGCCGGCACCUGCACCCGCACGCGCACCCGCACGUGCUGAUGUCGCUGCUGCGCGCGCUCGACGCCAUGCUUCGGAGCGAGGUCGGCCGCAUCGAGCGAGCGCAGCUAGCGGCGGCCGGCGCGGGUGCGGGCGAGGGCAGCCUGGCCGUGCUGCUGCUGCUGCUGCCGCUGGAGCCGCCCGCGCCCAACCCGGCGGCGUUGCGGAAAGCCGUGUCCCGCAUCAGACACCUGGCCGGGCUGGGGUACCGCUGCACCCAGCGUAUGCAAGAGCAGCAACAGCACCAGCAGCAAAGGCAUGGCGGAUUGGGCUUGGGCUUGGGCUGCUUGGGCUGGGAUAAAGGCUGCGGCAGGGGAAGCAGGUGGCGGCGGCGGCGCGGUGUCUGUCAGCGGCACAGCGCUGGAUGCGGCGCGGCGGGCGGCUUCGGCUUCGGCUUCGGCUUCAGCUUCGGCUUCGGCUUCGGCUUCGGCUUCGGCUUCGGCUUCGGCUUCGGCUUCGGCUUCGGCUUCGGCUUCGGCUUCGGCUUCGGCUUCGGCUUCGGCUUCGGCUGCUCCGCUGCUGCCGUGCCCUGUUACAGCCAUCGGCAAGGCGGCGGUGCUGGGGACACCUCUCACGACCGGUGAGCCGGCUGCGCUCACACUUCCUUACGUGCCUCGUCUCACAGCAGCUGAGGCAACAGCAGGGGAUGACGGUGGCGAGGAAGAGCUUUGCGUCGCCGCUUGGAGCAACUGGAAACAGGAAUGUGGCACCUGCUGCAGAGGCAGCAAGCGGCGAGGAGCGCGGCGGGUGCGGCGCAGGCAGCGGAUGUGGCGGGAGCGGUGGAGACGGUGGAGCCGGCGGCCGGGCUGUAGCAGGGCAGGGAGUGGGUGACCCUACCCUCACAACAGCAGCAGCUGCAGCUGCAGCUGCAGCUGCCGCAGCACGGCGCGGCGGCAGCGGCGGCUGCAAGACACGGCGCAGAGGUUGGGGAUGCAUAUGGGGGGAUCCGCACGCCGUAGAGCUAGCUAGGAUAGACUCGGGUGCGUGAGUGCUCAUCCGCCUGCUAGCAUUCAACCUGCGUGGCGAUUGGAUACUAGUGGCGGCGCUGCAGCAGCGCAGCAGUGGCGCCGGCGGUGCUGGUGGGAGCGGCGGUGCAGGGGGAGGGACAGGAGGAGCUGCUGGGCAGCAGCUGAAGGCGGAGGGCCGUGUGGGCGGUGGAGAUGGCGGUGGCGGGGAGCUACAGGCGGCGGCGCGGCGGCGGCACGGCCAUAAGCGGUAGGCGGCGCGGGGCCCAACGCGUACGUACGUGUGCGUGUGCGCAUACACAGGGGCACACGGCGGCAUCGUGGGGGCACCAUGUGGGACAUACAUAUGUGCACGCAACAUGGUGGCUCGCUCGGGCUCUGAUACAGUACCGUAUGUGCUGCGUGCGCUUUGCUGCAGCCUCCAACGGAUCGUCCUGCAUUGCCCUGCGCAAGCCACGCCUGCGUUCGUUGAAUCCCUUCGGGGCACACGCCACAGUUUACAAGCAUGCCGCUGGGGCAGGCAUGGUGCCACGCACCGCAGGCUGCUACAGCCACCGGCCCCGGGCCUGGACCGGCAGUAGCAGCCGCAGCAGCAGCGCACGCCAGCAGCCCGCCAUUACACGCAGCACCACACACCGCACACGCUGCACGCGCCGCACUCGCAGCACCAGUCUUCCUACAUUUUCCCGCAUCAAGCUACGCUGGCGCAGGAUGAGCCCUCUAAGGUUCUGUUGGCAGUAACAGCAGUCCUGGCGGCGGCUGCAGCAGCACCAGCACCUUCCCUGCGCUGCUGCCAUUGUCUCAUCAGCACCAUCGUGUGAGCGGCGCGGGCACGGCGGGAAAGGGCGCGCAUGCGGCAACACCAGCAGGCUCCCCUACGGGCGGCGCGGCAGCGGCAGUAGCAGCUUUUAUCGGCACGGCUGUAGCAGCGCACUGGGCGCGCAGCAGCCAGUGGUUGGUGGUGGUGGCGGAGGUGGUGGUGGUGGUGGAAGUGGAAGUGGCGGCACAGCGCGACGGGCCAUCGCAGCCACACACUGACACCGCCGUGAAAGCUUCUACGUUAAGUGACUUCUGGAGUUUUGUUGAUGCCUUGCAUUGAUUGUGGUGGGUUGCAGUUUGGGAGCGGAUCUGCGGAUGGAUGACGCGGUUGGUUGGCGCGGGAGAGGGUGAAUGGAAGGUGGGCGGGCUGCGUGCGAGGCGGCUGCGAGGCGUGUGCGCUUUCGACGCUGACAGGGAGGGGGCACUUCUGGACGCCGAUGACAAUCCGUAUCGAAGAAGAGCGUAGACAGCCAGGGUUCAGCCUCAAAUUGAGGCGGCUGACUAUCCAAUGUCCCAACUGUGAAUACCUUGUCGUGGAAGCGGUCGCAAAUUGUGGAGGUCAGGAAGGGUUCGCGCCAAGCGUGAGAAGGUGCGUCCCGCCCACUGGAGUACCAUACACACACUUGCAAUAACCGGUACCAGGGAGGCAGGGACAAACAUCUUGGAAGACUUGGCGAUGCCGCUUCCAGAUACGAUGAGGUUGGUUGAGGUCGCUCCUGUUGGGAGUACCAUGAAAGAGCACAUCUCUAGAUGCGUUCUAUGUGAAGCGCAUGCAUGAAGUGCUACAACAGCCACGACGCAUCCGUGGCGCAAGGUAGCGGCUGGGAGCGCCGCAGCGGGGGCAAGGGUGGGCGGUGCGGGUUUGGGAUGAGGAGUUCGGGGUUCGGCGAGGGGAGGGACAGCGUCAGUAGAUGGGAACUCGGGGGUGUGGGCGGAAUCGGUCGGGA